CAAAAUAGUCAAAAUUUUUAAUCUAACCUCUAAAUAAGACUUAUUUUGAUCAAAAUUAUUAAAAAAAAAAAACAAAAAUGAGUUAAAUAAAGAAGAUGUAGGUAUGUCCAAGCCUAAGCCGUUCUUACGAAGCGUUAUUUCCCCAGGGACAGCUCAGUCAAAAAAUAUUCAAUGGACCGUGUUCGUUAGAAAUUUUUACGAUUUGUACAGCAAAAGAAAAGAAUAUAAGGACAGGAAACUUAUAGGGUUCUCAGGUGACCAGAUGUAUGAAGUUGUAGCCGAUGUGGCAAACUAUAAGGAUUUCUUACCCUUCUGUAGAAAAUCUAUCAUUAUUGAGCACAAUCCUGACAAAUUUAUGAAAGCUAAAUUAGAAAUUGGUUUUCCACCUGUAAUUGAAAGUUACACUUCACAUGUAACUCUUGUAAAGCCCCAUUUAGUGAAAGCCAUGAACAGAGAUGCUCAGCUAUUUGAUUACCUAAAAACAACUUGGAAGUUUAGUCCUGGUCUUAAAAGUAACCCUCAGUCUUGCAUAAUUGAUUUUCAUGUUUGUUUCCAAUUCAAAUCAAUAUUUCACUCAAAUUUGGCACACAUGUUUUUUGAUAAAGUUGUUAAACAAAUGGAAGGAGCGUUUUUCAAAGAAGCUGCUAGACGAUAUGGACGGGCCUCACUACCCUCUCAUAGACUGUCAGCAACUGCUUCUGAACAACAUAGCUAACAGUAGCUAUUUUAAAUGUGUAUAAAUAAAUUGUUAUUUAUUUGAUGAAAUUUAUUGAGAACUUUUGUUGACAAUAAAUUUUUAUUUUGUUA